AGUUCAUCGAGUUCGGCUGAUAUGGUGACAUUCUGUAAAAUUUCUCGGUGUGAUCUCUGCUUUUUUCUAGUGACUUUUUUUGCAUAGGUACGUUUUCAAAGGCAGCAGGAAUUUUCAUGGAAGGCAGGAUGAAGUUGUUGGUAACGAUGUGUUUUCUGAUGGCGUGCCACUACAGUUACGGCCAAAGCUCGCAAACCACGUCGAGCUUACGAAGCCCCGCCAUUGUUAGGGAGCCUUCUAAUCAGCAAGUGGCUAACGAACACCGGAACACGCUACUCGAUUACGUAAAUCCGACAGAAAAAGGAAACGGGUUGCCCAGGGCGAAUGGAAAAUUGGGUACACCCCUGUUGGGUCAUGCGGACAGAAUUGUCGAAUCCGAAAUUAAAAAACUGAACGCAGAAAAAGAGAGAACAAAAAAUGAGGCAAUUUCAAAAAGCACUAAUCCGCUUUAUUCGAGGACCAACUCGAGGGAAGAAUUAUUGCGAGAAAAUCAGGAUGAGGAUAAUAGUACAAAAAAUUUACUAGAAAACAGAGAAAGGCAUAUCGGUCAUCUAGGGAUUUUUGAUCCUAGAAACGUACCUCAUCAGCAGUCAACUAACAUGAGACCUGCCCGAAGUUAUUUUUUGGAAUUGUACGACACGAAGGAUUUUUUUAAACCUACAAGGAACAGGAGAUUGUACGAGACUGAUAAAAAUUUGCAAAAUCAAAUUCGCAAUUAUAACACCAGAUACGGUGCCCCGCGAUACGGUAAUCAGCAACCCUUUAAAAACCCUUUGAUCGACAAUUUACAAUUAAGAAAUUCCGACGGAUUUAAGCGGACUAUAAGAAACUCGCAAAUUGUUGAAAACAAUCUAAAACGUCCUGCGAAAUCUUUAAGUAUAUCGCAGAAUAACAAUGAGUUUCGUCCGAGUCCUGAAAUACAGGAAGCGGAACAAGACAAUUCUGCACGACUAUUCAGGGUGAAUCCCGCACAGAUAAAUGCACUGCAGGGAGUUUUCGACAAUGCCAAAAUCUUGGACGAUGGUCUAAUAAAAAAAUUAUCUUUUCGCGAACCACGAAUUAUUGUUCAACGUACCAACAAUCAUCCAGCUAAUUAUGUAGAUUCUAAUAGUGAAACGAGAACAGUGCAGGAAUUGGUGAAUCUGAUUGGUCAGAAUCCAGAGCAACAAUUGCAAGGAUUGAAUAUACUUCUUGGUCCAGGUCAGCAAAUUUUUGCGAAUGAACAUCCCAGAGAAAUAAUUCCUGUGAGCGAAGUCCCAGUGCCUUACGAGCAAACAUUUGUGACGCCACUGCCAGCAGAAACUCCAGGAUCUCCAAAUACGAUCUAUCAGGAAGGUACUUUAGAUUAUUCGCAGAGCAACAACGACCAUUCAGGUUACAAGCCCAUCGGGCACACUGGAAUACAGAAGGGAGUGGUCAAUUUCACAAAUGGUCAGACCGCGCCACCUGUAUGGAUUGAAGAAGGUGACCUACCCGAUGGCAAAGUGGAUUUCGAAAAAUCCAAAAAUGACGGGAGAGAGGAUCCUUCAUCUGAAAAAGAUUACGAGCAGUACGCCAGUAAAUAUUCUUUUGGCUAUCACGUGACCGAUCCCGAUACCGGAAACGACUUUAGCCACCAUGAGAAACGAGAUGGGGACAUCACGACCGGAAGAUACCACGUGCUACUGCCAGACGGAAGGAUUCAAAGUGUCAAUUACCACGUGGACGACAAGGGUUAUCACGCCAAAGUGUCUUAUCGACUGAACCGAGGAGAUUGAAACGUUAUCAAAAUUAACUCUACGUUGUUAUAAAUCGAACGUCCAUAUCUGUCCAAUAUCAAAAUUCAAUCGCCACGUACACGGUUAGAAGGAGUGGACACGCGUCGGUAACAAAGAUAUUUUUGAAAUUUAGUACCUAAAAGUGAAAUUCCUAAAAUUAUUAAAAUCAUAAAUUGACGUUGAAGAUUUUUCUUUAUCUGAGUAAAAUCGUUCUAAUGACAGAUGAUUAUUUAAUUCAAUUUUCUGUAUAGACUUUUCUUAACGUACUGGAAAGCAUUCACUGAUUUACACGCUACUCGGCUGAAGGUAGCAAACUCGCAAAAUGCUAAAGGAACAAAAUACCUAGAUAUUCAAGUAGUAAUCUGUAUACGUACAACGAUCAAGUGAAUCAAGUUGUUACUACGUAGCGACUGUAGUGGUUUAUUUGCAGAACCUCAAAAGACUCGCUUUACGUUUGAAUUAUAGACUUUUGAAUAUGAUAAAAGAGCAAGCUCACUGGGCAGCCUUUAGCGACCUACUCUAAUCUCUAAAGCCUUUAUAGAAGUGUAGUACGAAAUUUACCUAGAAUCGGAUCUCGACUGCUUUUGAUAUGAGGAUGUGUACUCCUGGAUAGGAGCUUAGAUAUAUUUAAGCGCAUUUGAGGUCUGAGCAGAUAUUAGGUAACUAGUGCUGGUUUUGAUCUGGGUAAUAAAUCCCUCUUAUCACGUUAGGUCGAAAUCUACUUAUUGGAGCUGACGAUACCAAAAUAUACAACCUAUAGUGCCCCAGACCUCCAUAAUAUGGACUUUUGAUGACAAGUUCAAUAGUGAAUUAUGGGCAUGUGAAAUUUUGGUAUUCUAUACAGCGAUCCUCUUUUUUAUAAAAAUCUAGAGAAUUUUGUUUCCUAAUCGCUGAUCCAUGUCAGUACCGUUUUCGUGCUAUGCUUAUAAUCAUAAAGGAACGCUGGCUGACAAAUGUACAACCAUUGAAUGUAACUGUAGUUGAAGGUUGAAGGAGCUCCAGAUCGUAGGGCAAGUAAAUGAGACUCCAGUGAUAAGGGUAGAAACUUGAAAGGGUGGAUAAGGGAUUCCAAGAAGGAUAGAAGGAUGUAGGUCGCUCCAAGGAAGUAGACCAUGAUAUCACUUACUUUGAGAAACUACUAGCAACCGCAGAGUAGGUCCUGCAUCCUUGAAAGGUUGAAGGUAGUAGGUUUCCGAGUAGGUUGCCUGUAGUUGAAUCCCAUGGAAAUCAGACACAUUCCAUCCCCAUAAAUAUACCAUCCCUCGUGUGUGUAUAUAUAUAUAUAUAUAUAUAUACAUAUUGGCAUGAGGAAGCAAUAGGUCCCUUGGCUUUUCGAAUUCACUUUAAACGCGUGCCAAUGGACUUGAGGUCUAAGUCUUAUUUAUAGUGAUUUUUCUUUAGGCGAUUUUCCAAAUAAG